CUGUGGACGCGGAGUUGGCAUAAAACCCCCCUCUCUCAUUCCCCUCUAAAUUGCCAUUAGUCUGUCUUUCAACACACACAUACACACACAUUUGACGAAUCUAUUUGUUAUACUCAACAGGGCUCCCUGGCAGAGUGACUCUUUUGUUUGAAAAAGGUUAACACCUCAGCCAUUUGGAACUGAUCAGACCCUUCUCUGUUGGUUGUACCUGAAGUUCGGUGGAUCCUCAUCUUAUUCAGUAUUUCUCUAGUUCAAAACAAAAGCCAGGGAAUGCUGAAAGAUGUGCUUGUGGGGUAAACAGUCUUUCUCUGACUUUGAUGAGGCGGAAGCUCGAGCUGAGCUGCCCUCCUUUAUCCUUGAUGAGAUUGGACAGAUAACUUACAGCCCUAUCUUCUGUUGUCAAAGGCCGACAUUGGCAAAAUAUAUUAGGGGACAAAUUGUUUCGUAUCAUGACCUUUGUGAAGAUGGUUGAGUUUGUAUAUUCUUGAAAAUUGAGAUCCCAUCUACAGAUACGUAUAACUGAGUUAGCUGGUAAAGUAGCAAUCAAAAGUUUAAUUAGAUUUGUAGCUGGAGAUGGAAAGUAAAGGAAGCAUCUUGAUGUAUAGGUAUGAGUUGGGGAAAUUGCUUGGACAAGGUACCUUUGCCAAGGUGUACCAUGCAAGAGAUAUAAAGACUGGCACAAGUGUCGCCAUUAAGAUAAUUGACAAAGAGAAGAUCAUGAAAGUUGGAAUGAUGGAUCAAAUCAAGCGAGAAAUUUCUGUGAUGAGACUUGUUAGGCACCCCAAUGUUGUGCAGCUGUAUGAGGUUAUGGCCAGCAAAGCAAAGAUAUAUUUCGUGAUGGAAUAUGUAAGAGGAGGUGAGCUCUUUAACAAGGUGGCCAAAGGAAAAAUGAAAGAAGAUGCUGCAAGGAGAUAUUUCCAACAGCUGAUUAGCGCAGUUGAUUUCUGCCACAGCAGGGGUGUUUAUCAUCGGGAUCUUAAGCCUGAGAACCUACUGUUGGAUGAAAAUGGAGACCUGAAAAUUUCAGAUUUUGGAUUGAGUGCCUUUGCUGAAUCGAAGCGACAGGAUGGGUUACUUCACACAACUUGUGGGACACCUGCCUAUGUUGCCCCAGAAGUAAUCAACAGGAGAGGGUAUGAUGGCUCCAAGGCCGAUAUCUGGUCAUGUGGGGUCAUCUUAUUUGUUCUGUUAGCUGGUCAUCUACCAUUCCAUGAUUCAAACUUAAUGGAGAUGUACAGAAAAAUAGGCAAGGCAGAGUUUAAAUGUCCCAACUGGAUCCCUCCUGAUGCUCGUAAGCUGAUCUCAAAAAUAUUGGAUCCAAAUCCUAACACCAGGAUCUCUAUAUCCAAGAUCAUGCAAAAUUCUUGGUUCCGUAAAGGUCUCCAAUCCAGAACCACGAGAACUACUGCUGAUUUGGUAAAUGGCUUUACAAAGUUUAAGGAAGCAAUUGUUGAUGCAGAUGCAACUGUUGACUUCACAGAUAACUCCAACAGUAUGGCAAACAUGAAGGCUGAAUUAGCAAAGCCUGUAAACCUGAAUGCAUUUGAAAUAAUCUCCCUUUCAGCUGGUUUUGACUUGUCAGGCUUGUUUGAAGACAAUGAUAAAAGGAAAGAAUACAGGUUUACAUCAAACCAACCAGCCAAGACCAUCAUCUCAAAGUUGGAGGAAUUAGCCAAGCAUCUGAAGCUGAAGGUGAUGAAGAAGGAUGGAGGAAUUUUCAAAUUGGAAGGAUCAAAGACAGGCAGGAAAGGGACUUUGUCUAUUGAUGCAGAAAUUUUUGAGGUGGCUCCAACUUUUCACUUGGUCGAGAUGAAAAAGUCAAAUGGAGACACACUGGAAUAUCAAAAGCUGAUGAAGGAGGACAUAAGGCCAUCUCUUAAAGACAUUGUUUGGACAUGGCAGGGUGAUGAGCCUCGACACGAGCAGCAAGAAGAGAAUGCAGAGUGUCAGCUAUCUCAGCUCCCACAAUUAGAUGUUCAACUGCCUUAAAGUUCAUGCCGGAAAGUACAUGUCUUUCCCGAUUGUAACUAGUAAUUUACUCCUACAAUAGUUUGCUUUGGGAAAUUGCCUCUAUGACGCUUGCUCAUUUAGAUUAAGACACAUUACCGUUUAGCAUUAUAUUGUUCACGUAUGUUUCUUCUUCAACCUCCCCAUCGCUUUCUAAGAAUUGCUGUUUACACAAGGGAAUCAUCAUAAAUCUUGACUUUUGA